AUGGGUCUUGUAUAUCAGGAUUAUGGACACGUGAAGACUUCUGGUGAUCACAUUACACCAAGCAGCCACACCUGUGUGUCAAAGGAAUGGUAUAAGAGCCAGAGCCCUAUCAUGAAGCUCCCACCUCCCUCCCUGACGCCUGAGAAAAACCACAAGAAAAUUCUAGACGUUAUCCAGAAGAUGAUUGAUCUGCUGACAGGAGAGGACGUCAUAUUGGCGAGCCAGCCGGACCUCACAUCACCGGAUGGAUCCAGUAAUGGGAACCCACCAGAGAGAUGUCCUCCUCCUCUGUAUUCUGGGUAUUCCACACAAGAAGAUCAGAACAUCUCAGAUCAUCAGGAGGAGGAACUGUAUAUUAUUAAAGUUGAAGAUGAAGAAAAUCCAUUAUUGAGGGGUGAUGAGCCAUGGAAGGAGGAGGAGAUCCCUCCAGAGAUCAGCACAGAUGGUGAAAUAGAAGAUAACGACAUCGAAGCAUCUCCUGAAGAAAACCCUGUUACUCUUUAUCAUCAUCCAGGACUUCAAAGGGCAGAUCUGUCAUUGGAUCCAUCUACACACAAGGGGUGUUUUUCCGAUCACUCCCACCCUGGAGCCAAAGAUGAGACCAAUAGAGAGGGUGAAACUUCUCCAUGUGCCCAGUGUGGGGGCUGUCAGAGGACUCAUGUGGAUAAAUCUUCUUAUCCUUGUUCGACCUGUGGCAAGUCCUUUACCCAGAAGUUGCAUCUCGUCAGCCAUCGUAAGGCUUGCACCGGCAAGAAGUGCUUUUCGUGUUCUGAGUGCGGGAAACGAUUCGCCAAAAAGUCAACCUUGUUGAGGCAUCAGGUCAUGCAUUUGGAGGAGAAGCCCCACUCAUGCCCAGACUGCGGGAAAUGUUUUGCCAAAAAGUCCAACCUUGUUCGGCACCAGCGAAUGCACACGGGGGAAAAGCCUUAUUCUUGUCCGGAGUGCGAAAAGUCUUUCACGUGGAAGCCGUCUCUUGAGCACCAUCUGAGGAAGCACCGGGGCGAGGUUCGUUUUUUUUGCUCCGAGUGCGGGAAGUGCUUUGCCCAGAAGUCCUACUUUCUGCAGCACCAGAGGACUCAUAAAGGGAAGGAGCCGUACUCUUGCUCGGAAUGCGGAGAGCGCUUUGCUAAGAGGUCAACGUUGGUCAUGCACCAAAGGACUCACACCAACGAGAAACCUUUCUCCUGCUCGGAAUGCGGUAAGUACUUUGUCCAAAAGUCCAGCCUGAUGGAACAUCUCAAGAUGCACUCAGGGGAGAAGUCCUAUUCGUGUACCGAAUGCGGGAAGACUUUCCAGUGGCGCUCAUCCUUGUUCUACCAUGAACGCAAGCACAAGGGCUUGAAGCCUGUGUCGUGUUCGGAGUGUGGCAAAGGUUUUGCCCAAAAGUCUCAUCUCGCCCAGCAUCAGAAGAUGCACGCUGGGCAGAAGGCUUCCAAUUUCCUGAAUUCUUACCUCAAAGAAGAUCUCCAUUGAUGACUCCUUGUAGAUAAACUGACCAUGUAACCCCAUUCAUAUUUCGGAAUACCUAGAGUCCUUAUUUGUGAACAAUAUUAGUGUGCCUCAAAUUGCCUUUCGAGCAUGUAUGAAUUUGAAGAUUAGCGGGUGUGCGUGGUCACUUCUCUGCAGGCCCAAGCUAGGAAGAAAAAAGUUGUCAACUUCCCAUAAUGAAUAAUGGGGCCCAUCAUAUUACACCAUUGGCCGAAGGGCAAAAGUCACAUUCCCUUAUACUCAAAGGUACCAGGUGGAUUGGCCAAGGAAGAAGGAAAACAUCAGUAUAGGCAGAAAGGGGCAAUUCCCUGAACCUACAUAGUUACAUAAUAAAUUUUGUUUUAAAAAAAAAACACAGGGCCAGAUUCACGUA